GCAGAUGAGGGGGCACCAAUUUACAUAGACUCGGAGGAACCACCGACACCAAACACGAAAACAGUGAUUAUGCCCAUUGCCACAAGACUUGCGGAACAUGCAGGAACAUUGCAGCCCUUGGAUUCCAACCCAGCGCGCAAGGGAAACACUCUCGAUAAGACCUCCACUGUACAAUCGGAUAAUCAGCCCAUAUUUCAUGUCGAUGCACGCGCACUAAAAGUCUUUCGCGCACUUUUCUACACACCGUCCGUUUCAGAGUCGCCCGGUGAUGUUGCAUGGAAUGACUUCCUCCAUGCCAUGGUUUCCACUGGCUUCCAACCCGAGAAAUUUUACUGUGGUGUUUCUCACUUCACGCCGAAACAAUGCGGUGGGGAUCGAGGCAUCUUCUUUAACGAACCGUUCCCAAGUGGAAAACUAAAAUAUCCCGUUGUCCGCAGGUACGAGAGGAGAUCGAAUCGGCAUUAUGGAUGGGAACGCAGUAUGUUUGUUAAGAAUGAAAGUGGAAUAUACCCGAAUAUGCAAGUCACAAUAGAAAUUACUAUUCCGUCAUGGGAAUAUCAUAUUUCAUUAUUCAUUUGGAAUCCAUUAUACCUGGUACUAUCGACAUCAAUCGCACGUUCAUAA